UACUCAUGUGGUCCUUGGGGGCUUCCUGGUGCCCGCGGGCAGCGUGUUGGUGACCCCUGGUUUACACUGAUUUCACCAUUUACACUCCAUUUAUACUUGUGGAGAAAAUCACCAAACUCCAUAAAAAAUCACUUGAUUUAGUGAGUUGUUGAGUUGGAGACACUUUAUAAACUCUGUCUCUGACUCAUUCUGCAUUAUUUGGACCUUCUUGUAAAUUCAGCAGAUGUUAUGAUACAGACGAUGAUGAAAGCAGCUGAACUGAGUUUCAAAUCCUCACAAGCUAAAUUCUUCCAACACAAUAAAUAAGCAGUAAUCUGAUUACUUAAUACAUGUUCCGUGAUUUAGCAAUGAAAACCUCUCCUAUAACCUGCCUCCUUCUGCUGCUUGAGUUAAAGUAAUCUUGUUAUAUUAAUCAUCACUCGUCUCUCUGCAGAGUUUAGUGUCUCAUCAUGUCUAAGAAGGGAGGAAGCCGCGGGCAGGAGUCUGAGGGGCUGGUGGACGCGUCAAUCAUCCGGAUCCCGCCCCAUCACUACAUCCAUGUGCUGGACCAGAACACCAACAUCGCCCGGGUGGAGAUCGGACCGCUCACCUACAUCCGCCAGGACAAUGAGAGGGUGCUCUUCGCUCCGGUUCGUAUGAUCAUGGUGCCGCCGCGUCACUACUGCGUGGUCCUCAACCCUGUGGCCCGUGAUGAUGACAACCAGGUCCUCUUUGACGAAUCCGGUCAGGCCAAGCUCCGCCACGCCGAUCUGGAGAUCCGCCUGACCCGGGACCCGUUCCCUCUGUACCCCGGAGAGGAGAUCCAGCAGGACGUGACGCCGCUGCAGAUCGUGUAUCCCGACACGGCGCUGCGUCUUCAGGCUCUGCUGGACUUCGAGGAGGACGGAGGAGAGAAGAGAGUCGCUGGAGACGAGUGGCUGUUUGAAGGACCAGGGACCUACAUCCCCAAGAAGGAGGUGGCGGUUCUGGAAACCAUCAAGGCCACAGUGAUCCGAGAGAACCAGGCCAUCAGACUGAGAGCUCGCAAGGAAGGAGUGGACCGAGGAGGAGUCCGCCGGGUCACAGGUGAGGAGUGGCUGGUCAGUAAGGUGGGAGCGUACCUGCCAGGUGCUCAUGAAGAAGUCCUCGACAUCGUGAACGCGUUCAUCCUGACAGACAAGAAAGCGCUCCAUGUCCGCGCCGUGCGGGCCUUCAAAGACGCCGGCGGGCGGGAGCGUCGUACGGGGGAGGAGUGGCUGGUCACCAUGGCGGACAGCGAGGCUCACAUCCCCUCUGUGUCGGAGGAGGUGGUGGGGGUGGUGGAUGUGACCACGCUGAACAGCAGACAGUACUGUGUGAUUCUGGACCCGGUCGGACCCGACGGGAAACCUCAGCUGGGGAAGAAGAGGGUGGUGAAGGGUGAACGCUCGUUUUUCCUGCAGCCAGGCGAGUACCUUGAACAGGGCAUCCAGGACGUGUACGUGCUGUCGGAGGAGGAGGGGCUUGUGCUGAGAGCCGUGGAGGCGUUCAAUGACACCGAGGAGCACGUUGAAGAGGAGGAGGCGGAGGAGGAGGAGCUGAUGGAGGAGAGGGCGAAGCGCUCGCGGAGGAGCGGCAUCCUCCGUCGCCCCGGAGACCGCUGGAUGCUGCGCGGUCCCCUCGAGUACGUCCCCCCUGCUGCCGUGGAGGUGGUGCUGAAGAGACAGGCCAUCCCAUUGGAUGAGAAUGAGGGCAUCUACGUCAGAGACAUCAAAACUGGAAAGGUGCGAGCGGUGAUCGGUCACACCUACAUGCUGACUCAGGACGAGGAGCUGUGGGAGAAGGAGCUUCCAGCGAACGUCGAGGCCCUGCUGGCGACUCCUCAUGACCCGCUGGCCGACCGCUCAGACCGGACCAGAACCGGAAGUGGCCAGGAUAGGUGCAAGACCAAGGUGGUGUCCUACAGAGUCCCCCACAACGCUGCCGUCCAGGUCUACGACUACAGAGAGAAGAAGGCCAGGGUGGUGUUCGGACCAGAGAUGGUGAUGUUGGGACCUGACGAGCAGUUCACCAUGCUGUCGCUGUCCGGAGACAAACCAAAGAGGGCCAACGUCAUCAAGGCGGUCUGCCUCCUGCUGGGACCCGACUUCUUCACUGACAUCAUCACCAUCGAGACGGCCGACCACGCCCGGCUGCAGCUGCAGCUGUCCUACAACUGGCACUUUGAUCUGAAGACUCCGGCCAACUCUGCCGAGGCCGCCGCUCUGUUCUCAGUCCCAGACUUUGUGGGAGACGCCUGUAAAGCCAUCGCCUCCCGGGUCCGAGGAGCCGUCGCCUCGGUCCAGUUCGAUGAUUUCCACAAGAACUCAAACCGGAUCAUCUGCUCGGCGGUGUUUGGCUUUGAUGAGAAGCUGGCGGUCCGGUCCAGUCUGCGCUUCAACCAGAACAACCUGGUGAUCAGCAGCGUGGACAUCCAGUCUGUGGAGCCCAUCGACCAGAGGACCCGAGACGCCCUGCAGAAGAGCGUCCAGCUCGCCAUCGAGAUCACCACCAACUCCCAGGAGGCCGCAGCACGACACGAGGCGGAGCGUCUGGAGCAGGAGGCCCGGGGCAAGCUGGAGCGCCAGAGGAUCACCGACCAGGCCGAGGCCGAGAGAGCCAGGAAGGAGCUGCUGGAGCUGGAGGCACUCAGUGCUGCGGUGGAGAGUACCGGAGCUGCCAAGGCUGAAGCUCAGUCUCGGGCCGAGGCGGCUCGUAUUCAGGGAGAGGCGGCGGUCAACGAGGCCAAACUGAAGGCCGAGGCUCAGAGGAUCGAGGCGGAGGCGGAGCUCCAGCGGCUGGCGAAGGCUCGUGAGCAGGAGCUGAGCUACAAGCAGCAGAUGGACAAUCUGGAGGUGGAGAAGCAGAAGAGUCUGGCUCGCAUCGAGAGCGAGCGCUUCGGUCAGCUGGUCCAGAGUCUGGGCAGCGACACGCUCAAGGAGAUGGCCCGGGCCGGACCGGAGCUGCAGGUGAAGAUGCUUCAGGCUCUGGGUUUGAAGUCGACCCUCAUCACAGACGGAUCGUCACCCAUCAACCUGUUCACCACAGCUAACGGCCUGCUGGGGGCGCUGCCGGGUCUGGGCCAGGGCCAGGGCCAGUGAGGAGGACCAGGAGGAGGGAAAGAGUCCAAAAGUAACCCUGAGGAAGUGUUUCUGACGAGACAGACAGAUAACGUGCCUUUUCAAAAUAAAAGACUCACUUCAUGCGUUUGUUAUAACAGAGAUCACUUCAUAUUAAAUCUACUGAGUUUAUUCCUCAACAGCCUCAAAUAAACGGACCUCUACAGAACCUCAGCUGGUCCGAUCCACUGGACACAGAACCAGCUGUUGGUCCUGAGGUCAACUACAACUCCCAGGGUGCAUUUCACUGACAAACAACCAAUCACAGAGUUCACUUGACGAGUCAGGGUCUGUCACACCAUAGACAUAAUAUACGUAGACGCCUCGUAGACUGACGCUGCCUAUUGGAGCUAACAUAUCAGCGAGGCCGCCAUCUUGGAUGGGUCUCCAAUGUGACCCCCCUGCAUUUAUUUCUACUGAGGAAGGUGUAUCCACAACUACAAUAAUCAUAACCUCCCUAAUUUUUACCGGAUUUUCACACGGUUACAAACGGCAGAGAUUUAGUUAUGAUCCAGGGUGCCGUCACAAAGAUUAUUAAAAAAACCCUCUUACUUGUGAAAGAUAAUCCCCCACGAUCUGGUAACAACGCUGCGCCAUAAACUGCACAAAAUACGCUCAUAGUUGCUCGUUCUCUGUUGAUUCCGAUUGACUCUGGUGCUAGCCUACAGUGAGGAGACCCAACCAAGAUGGCGGCGACGCGGGAUUACGUUCCAGCCCGCUAUGAGGCGUCUACGUAUAUUAUGUCUAUGACUCACGCCCUGAUUGGCUCCUCCUCCAUAGCAACAGCAGCUGAGGCUCAUGGGUAUUGUGGUUUUUAGACUUGUGGACUAAACUUUUGUUUUAUUACUGACACAUUUGAAACUCACUCCUUCAUUCUGAUGAAACACUGACUUUAUGUACACGCUGCUUCUGAUUGGUCGACACGUCUGGCCACGCCCACCAGACGACUAAGGGAACAUUAGAAUUAGCUUCAGUCGAUCGUUAGCAACGCACACAGCAGGAUCUGAAACUCUGUGAUUGGAUGUUUCUUACUGAAAUGCAUCCUGGGAGUUGUAGUGAACAUCCUCCUUGUUAAUCUGGAUUUUUAAUCCAAGAAGCAGAUAUUUUCUGACAGAUGUCCGUUUGUCCUGAAGUGGGACUCAGAUCACUGUGAUGACCGACAUCAUCAGCUCGUCCUGGUUUCUGUGUUUUGAUCGAUAAUAAUGAUAAUAAUAAUAAUCUAUAUAUAUCAUGUUUCUGACCUCUCGUGGUUGAAGAUGCAGCUGAAACUCAUUUUGCAUGUUCAGCCGUCAGUGAAACGUGUUCAUCAGCCGGACUUUUUCACUUCCACCUGGUCAGAACUGAGACUCAGGUUUACUUUUGGACGAUAACCAGCGUGACGACACGUCACAGGGGGAAGCAAUCAAUCGCAACGUGCUGCAAACGAAGACUUGUGCCUUUAGUUGUCUGACAGCCAAUGAUUUGUGUUUCUGCUUUGCACUACAUCUACUAGAUGUAAAACAGCUGAUGUUUACACCGAUGUGUCUGUGCUGUGGUAAAAUGAAACGGGCCGGUCCGACGGUUCUGAGUUUUCUACAUGACGAUCUGUGUGUGAAGCCAUUAAAGUGCUGCUGCCGUCCA